GGCUCCAAAGACAAGAAGAAGAAAGAGAGGAAGAACGUUUCGAAGGAUGAUUUGAAGCGCGAAGAGGACGAGGCCAUCAGGAAGAUAAUCGAGGAGAAAAUGGACAUUCGAGGAGGAUAUGCCAAGCCUACAUGGAAAGACGUUCUCAUCGUGCAGCUUGUGUUAUUGCCGUAUACGAUUGGUCAGUGGAUUAAAUUCCAACUGAGCUGGCUUUGGCGAUUCACUUACAAAGGAGAGCCACUCGGUGAUGCGGAAAAGCUGUACUUGAUCCGUCGAUAUAUGGGGAAAUCUGCUUCUGAAUUCGAGGCGUUGGAUCCAAAGGAUCACGAGGCAUAUAUUCGUGAAGAAUUAUACGUAUGGGAUAAUUUCAAGGCAUGGAAAGAGGAAGUGGAGGAAGAAGAAAGGCGUGCCUUGGCUGAAAAUGCGCGAUACAAAUCUUUCCGCCGAUACAUGAAAAAUCAUGGGCCGGGACGUAUAACUUUCGAUGACGAUUAGAUUAGAGAAGAAUUCAUUCCUCGCAUACUUUCCAGUGCUUUCCAGCUGCUUGCAUUUAUUCCAGGCGUUUGUGAAAAAGCCGUGUGUAAUUAUGCUCUUCUGGAUCUUGAGUGGUUUUUUGUUUUAAUUCUUCGUUGGUGAAUAAUUUCAAGCGGUCGUAUCAUUUUCCCUGUGAAACCAAAUGUCUUCCUUGUCGAUUGACGAUACUUUUUUUUAAUAACCGUGUUCACGCGAAUAUAAAAUGUACUUUUUGUUUUUUAUCCGCUAAAAUAUAGGAUGCGUUUUAAAUGUGCACUCAUUCAAUGUCUCGUGAAGUAAUUUUACCGAUGGGAAUAAUUUUGAAGCAUAACCUGAAAAAAAUACAGAAAACUGAGUAAUUUAUAAGAAUGAAUAAGAAAAUGGCGACUUUCAACUCCGAGUAUUUGAUUGUGGUGGGAAAUUAUUAAUAUUACAUUAUUUUAGAAAAGUGACUCUUCAUGCGUCCGUUUAAAACUUUAUACACUUUUCGAUCCUUAGUGUAAGAAGGGAUUUUCUUACUAAAUUUUCCAGAUAUAGUUUCUCCUGGGUUAGGGUUCGAAACUUUUGGAUGCAUUUUGAAAAUGGUAAAACCAAUUAAAUUAUUCCCGCACGUCAGCUGUUAAUGGCGACGGCGUCGCGCGA